CCCCUCCCCGUCCCGUGGUGCCCGCGGCCCUUCCGCCCUCACUCGGCGGCGCCGCGGAGCGGGACGGGCGCGCAGCAUGGAGCGGGCGGCGGGCAAGGAGCUCGCCCUGGUAAGGGGGCUGGGGGUCCCGAGACCCCACAUCCCUGGCGACCCCCAGAUGCAGAAACCCCAGGCCGCCGCUUCCCCCUAAUCCGGACGUCUCGGACCCUCCGGGGAGCGCCCAGCGGGGUUUUGGGGCGGUGGGGGCUCACGGCCGGUGACCCAGGGAAGCGGCGGGGUCCUUUUAGGAAUAGAGCGGGGCUCUCGGAGCCAGUCUGCGGAGGGAGUAGAAACAGAUGUCCCAAAGGCCACCCCAGGCCCCCCAAGACCUGCGGCGCGGAGUUGGGGGGGGUGUCCUGCCUGGAGUCUCACAGCGUCGGGCUGGGAAGGGGGGUUCACCGGCCGGGAAGGUCGGGCCGAGGGCGCGCGGAUGAGGGGACCGGUCCCCCCGCGGCUCCCUGAGCGGGGUCCCGGCGUCCAGACGCCGUUGCAGGGCUGGGGCGAGGAGACCGAGGACGGCGCGGUGUACAGCGUGUCCCUGCGGCGGCAGCGCAGCCAGCGCCGGAGCCCGGGGGAGGGGCCUGGGGGCAGCCAGGCCCCCAGCCCCGCGGCCGAGGCCUUCCUCCAUUACCGCACCAGCAAGGUGCGGGCGCUGCGGGCGGCGCGGCUGGAGCGGUUGGUGUGCGAGCUGGCGUCGGGGGACCGCGAGCAGGAUCCCGGCUUCGUGCCCGCCUUCCUGGCCACGCACCGGGCCUUCGUGCCCACUGCCCGCGUGCUGAGCCUCCUGCUGCCACCGCCGCCACCGCCACCGCCACCGCCACCCCCGAGGGUAGAGAUCAAGAAGACAGAGGGGCAAGAUCUGAGCUUCAACAAGAACCUGAGGGCUGUCAUCUCGGUGCUGGGCUCCUGGCUACAAGAUCACCCCGAGGACUUCCGUGACCCGCCUGCCCACCCAGGCCUGGGCAGCAUUCGAGCCUUUCUGAGCUGGGCAGCCCCCGGGGGUGCCGAGGCCCAGGAGGCCGAGAAGCUGCUGGGAGAUUUCCUGUUGGAAGCUGAGCAGGAACCAGAAGAGGAGAAAAUGCCCCAGGCCCCGGCAGGACCUCAGGGAGCUGUCCAGGCUCCAGGCCCAGACUCCCCGGAGGGCUGCCCGGAGGAGGAGGCCGAGCUGGUGCAGGACGGCCCCGAGCUCCUGGACUUCAGUGCGGAGGAGGUGGCCGAGCAACUGACCCUGAUGGACGUGGAGCUCUUCUCGCGCGUGCGGCCCUGCGAGUGCCUGGGCUCGGUGUGGUCGCAGCGGGACCGGCCGGGGGCGGCGGGCAGCGCCCCCACCGUGCGCGCCACCGUGGCCCAGUUCAACCGCGUGACGGGCUGCGUGCUGGGCUCGGUGCUCGCGGCGCCCGGCCUGGCCGCCCCGCAGAGGGCGCAGCGGCUGGAGAAGUGGAUCCGCAUUGCGCAGCGCUGCCGAGACCUGCGGAACUUCUCCUCCUUGCGCGCCAUCCUGUCCGCCCUGCAGUCUAACCCCAUAUACCGCCUGAAGCGCAGCUGGGGCGCCGUGAGCCGGGAACCGCUCUCCACCUUCCGGAAGCUUUCCCAGAUUUUCUCCGACGAGAACAACCACCUCAGCUGCAGAGAGAUUCUUUCCCAGGAGGAGGCCACCGAGGGACCCCAAACGGAGGACACAUCCCCAGGAGGCCUGUCCUCAAAGCCGCCCCCUGGCCCUGUCCCCUACCUCGGCACCUUCCUCACGGACCUGGUGAUGCUGGACACGGCCCUGCCGGACGUGCUGGAGGGGGACCUCAUCAAUUUUGAGAAGCGGAGGAAGGAGUGGGAGAUCCUGGCCCACAUCCAGCAGCUGCAGCGGCGUUGUCGGAGCUACUGCCUGAGACCACGGACCCCCAUCCUCGCCGCCCUGCACGCCCAGCGCCGGCUCAGCGAGGAGCAGAGCUACCGCGUCUCCCGUGUCAUCGAGCCACCGGCCGCCUCCUGCCCCAGCUCCCCACGUGUCCAGCGACGCAUCAGCCUCACCAAGCGGCUCAGCGCGAAGCUGUCGCGAGAGAAGGGCUCGUCCCCCGGCGGGAGCCUUGGGGACCCCUCAUCCCCCACUUCCAGUCUGUCCCCAGGGUCCCCUCCAUCCAGCCCUGGAAACGCGGACCCUCCUCCAGGCAGCCCUCCAGCCUCCCCAGGGCCCCAAAGCCCCAGCACCAAGCUGCCCCCAAGCCUGGACCUCCCGGGACCCCGGCCCCCAGACGUGCCCCUGAGUGACCCUCGCAACCCGCUCCCGGGGCAGCCGGGCUCGGACGCCCGCGUCAUCCGCGUCAGCAUCGACAAUGACCACGGAAACCUGUAUCGGAGCAUCUUGCUCACGAGCCAGGACAAGGCCCCCAGCGUGGUGCAGCGGGCCUUGCAGAAGCACAGCGUGGGGCAGCGCUGGGCCCGCGACUACCAGCUCUUUCAGGUCCUCCCUGGGGACAGGGAGCUGCUGAUCCCAGACAAUGCCAACGUCUUCUACGCGAUGAGUCCGGCGGCCCCCGGAGACUUUGUGCUGCGGCGCAAGGGGUGGGCUCGGCGCCCGCCCCCCAUCUCCACAAACUGAGAUGCUCUUCUCCCUCAAGGACAUAAGCCCCGAGGGCCUGUAUCACCAGGGGGUGUGGGGGCCCCUCUCCCCAAAAGCCCCCAGCCCCCAGUAGAUGUCAUUGUGCUUUAUACCCCAUGAUCCCCCAACUUUAGCCCAUCAGACCCCGUCUUCUGAUCUUGACACUGGGUCGUUGUGCCUAAGACAUCAGCCUGUGCGGUGGCUGGUGGAGAGCUACACCCCAUAAACAUAGAAGGGGACAGGGCAUUGGGGGGUGUCCGACCCCUCCCCAGAGAACACUUGUAACUGUUGGAGACACAGAAUGGACAGAAAACAGUGAACAAAGUUACAAAACAGGAAUCGGUCUGGUUUUUUUCUUUGUACCUGUUUACCGCGUUGACUCUUCGUCAAGAUAGAAAAACAAAACAAAAGCAAAGAAAAUGUCAGAGCCGUAAGAGAGGGCUGAGUGAGGCCAGGGAGGGCCCAGUCACACACAGAGGGGUCAGGACACCCUCCCCCAACAUGUCAUCUAUGUCUCCUUGGUGGUAGGUAGGGGAGAGUGAAGAAAUGAAAUUCGAUCAGAGUGGAGACAUACAGCAUCAUCAACCAUGAAUCAGGAAGGGCCGUGACACAGAAAGGAUGGGACUUAGCUGCCUGUCAGUCCUGGGGUGAGAAGAAGAAACAGGUAGAGAAGGCAGAGAGGAAGUUAGCUCUGGGACCACUUCAACAGAGCAGCAAUAAAAGUAAUCCGCUCACUUAUGAGCUCCUACUAUGUGCUGGACAUCAACUAAGGGCUUUACAGCUCACUCUGUUAAUCAAGGUUCUUUCUGUUUCAAAUUGGAUCAAGAACCCAAUUCCAACUGGCUUGUGCAAAAAAAAGGAAAUUUCAUAUUUCAUAUCAUUGAAAAGUCUAAUGGGUCUGGCUUCAGGCACAGUUGGAUCCAGGAGCUCAAAAGAUGUCAUUUGUAUUUAGUCACCGUCAGCUGGCCCUCUUUGCUCUGAGAAUGAGAUCGUCCACUGACAUCCCACCCCAAAUCCAAUCACCUUCUGUGGGACUAGAACCCCUGAUUUUUAGCUGCCACUCAAAGUUAAAAUCACAUUUCUCAUCUCCCUUGCCCCAAGGUGGGGUCAUGUGACCAAGCCCUGGACAAUGAGAUGUAAAGGAAAGAAUGGGCCGAUCCCAGGUACUGCCCUUAAAAGGAAGGGGUGUGUCCUCCCGUUCUCUCUUUUCUGCCUCCUUCUGGCUGGAAUGAAGGCGUGGAUUGGAUUGGAUGGUUCACACUCGCUGAAUAACUGGGGAAGUCACUGGAAGGAGCCUGUGACUCUGAGACCAGGGAUCUGCCAUAUUGGAUUUCUGCCAUUUGGGUUUUCACAUAAGGGAAAAAUAAAUGUCUAUCUUAA